AUGGUAUGUUUACCCAUGCUUACACAUAUGGGCUAUGAAAUCUCCAGUGUUCAACUGUCUACUGCAGAGGACUAUGAAAUCUCCAGUGUUCAACCUUCUACUGCAGAGGACUAUGAAAUCUCCAGUGUUCAACCGUCUACUGCAGAGGACUAUGAAAUCUCCAGUGUUCAACCUUCUACUGCAGAGGACUAUGAAAUCUCCAGUGUUCAACCUUCUACUGCAGAGGACUAUGACAUCUCCAGUGUUCAACCGUCUACUGCAGAGGACUAUGAAAUCUCCAGUGUUCAACCUUCUACUGCAGAGGACUAUGAAAUCUCCACUGUUCAACCGUCUACUGCAGAGGACUAUGAAAUCUCCAGUGUUCAACCUUCUACUGCAGAGGACUAUGAAAUCUCCACUGUUCAACCGUCUACUGCAGAGGACUAUGAAAUCUCCACUGUUCAACCUUCUACUGCAGAGGACUAUGAAAUCUCCAGUGUUCAACCUUCUACUGCAGAGGACUAUGAAAUCUCCAGGGUUCAACCUUCUACUGCAGAGAACUAUGAAAUCUCCACUGUUCAACCUUCUACUGCAGAGGGCUAUGAAAUCUCCACUGUUCAACCUUCUACUGCAGAGGACUAUGAAAUCUCCACUGUUCAACCUUCUACUGCAGAGGACUAUGAAAUCUCCAGUGUUCAACCGUCUACUGCAGAGGGCUAUGACAUCUCCACUGUUCAACCUUCUACUGCAGAGGACUGA